AUGUCAGCCAUAUUAGACGAAAUACAGAAGUUUCUAGUACUACCCAUUGAUUUCCCUAGUCAAAAGAGGACUUUCGAAUUACAACAAAACAUUCUACUGAUUGGAGCCAUUGCGGCAAGUAUCUAUGGUUUCCUAACACAAUCAUUAUAUAACACACUAAUUUGUUAUGGUGUGACGUUUGUUGUUACAUUACUACUAGUGGUCCCACCCUAUCCUUUCUACAAUAAACAGAAAUUGCAAUGGGUCCAACCCAAGCUUGCCACCAAUUUAUGA